CAUUUCGCAUAAAUUUAAAUGCAUAUUGUUACAGUUAAUAUUCUAUGCCAUAGUAAAUAAAGCUCUAAACACUUCCGUAAACACACAAAUGCCUUAAAUAUUUCCUCACUGGCUGCCCGCAGUCAUUGAGUAAAGGUCAGUAAUCUGGAAAUCUCGUUUUAUCAAGGUCGAGGCGUGCGGGUAAUCGAGAAAUUUGCUGUCAUGGCUGAGGUGCAGAUUCGUCUCUAUCAGGAGGAAGAUCAUGAAGAAGUAAAGGAGGUUUUUACUCUCGGGAUGAGCGAGCACAUCCCAUCGUCCUGCAUGCACGUUCUCAAACAGCCCCUAGCGCAGAUGUUUCUGGGGUGUGUGUUUUGCGCUUUGCUGACCAGCUCGAUGUCCAUUCUGUUACCUGUGUUAGCGGUCACGCUGCUUUUGGCCGCAGGCAGGCAGAGUGUGAGUUAUAUGUUCACUAAGUACAUCCAGACCUGCCUUGAGCAAGAUCUCAGCCACAUUAAGCAGACCUACCUGGAUCCACCUAACGCCUGCUUCUGGGUGGCUGAGAGCCAGGGUCGUGUCGUGGGUACAGUAGCGUGUCUGCCUGCCGAGAAAGACCAGAACUUCCUGGAACUGAAGCGGAUGUCAGUUAAAAAGACUCACCGUGGACAAGGCAUCGCCAAAGUGCUCUGCCGUACGGUGGCUGACUUCGCUCGUGAGCGUGGUUUUCGAGGAGUACUGCUUCACACGUCGGUGGUCCAGACAGAUGCACAGAAGCUCUAUGAGCACAUGGGCUACCAGAAGAUCAGUGAAUUUAGUGCUCCGGAUGCGAUUGCCAAGCUGACUAACUUCAGAUUGAUGGAGUACCAGCUCAUCCUCAAACAGCAUUGCAACUGAGAUUGAGAUAUCCAUCUAAUGAAGCACACCACUAUCAUCAUUUGUCUGUUUCUUCUUCAAAUCAUCAACCUUUAAAAGAAGGAAACUUUUCUUUUAUAAGAAAUGGUUCAUUAAAAAAAAAAAGGCUGAUUUGGGAUUGUUCACCCAUAAAUUAAAAUUCAGUAAUCAUUUACUCACCAUUUGCAUGUCAUUCCAAACCUGUAUUUCUUUUGUUUAUCUUUGAUUUCAUGAAAGAUUUCGUUGUUUGGUUUUGGAGAUUGACCAAAGUUGUAUGGAUUUGGAAAUACAUGAUGAUGAGUAAGUGGUGACAGAAUAUACAUUUCUGGGUAAAUGAUCCAUUUAAAAACCUUGAAUAAAAGGUCCAGAUCUU